ACAAGGGCAGGACCGCAUCCCGGAGCUGCCUGAAGCAGCUAGCUCUUUAUUCAGACGUAACCAUUUCUUAUUUGGUUAAUACACCAAAGAGAGUAUCUCGGAGCUCUGAUAUCGAGGUUACUCCACAGUCUGAGCUGGAAAUCUGAGUCUGAAUCGGGAGGCAAGACAUCUCAGAGAGGCUGCCGACACCACGGAGAAAGUGACGGACGGAGCAGAGCCUGAACACCGGGAUUUUACAUCGCAUCAGUUUAGGAUAUUUCAGGCAGCUGCUUUGGCCCAUCCUUGAUUUCUUUCAGGGUACCUUCUAUAGAAAAAGGAUAGAGAAUAUUACUUAAGAUUAGCUUGAUACAUUUCACCUAAGGUCGUCUAUAGUGAGCAAGCGGAACACUUUAAACCCAUGCGUAACAGCGGUGGAUUUUGGAAUACUGCGUAGCAGUUCAAACAUCCAGUCUUUUGGUCAUUUCUUCUGUUAUUUGGAGGUAUCUACAAGCGAAAAGAAGAGCAACCAGGACCUUCUUACUUUGUUCCGGAGGCUAAACGUUGAAAAGCCGAAUCGCACUUGGUGCGCAAUCCUUCCGAGGACGCUCCUGAAAUUGCCGACCUGCGCUUUUGCCCUCGACAAAAAUUGGCAGCCGAGUCGAGAAAAAGGGCAAAGCUUAUUAACUUUGCAUGCUAGAGGCUAGAGUGUGGAAUCUAAUUCUUAGGGUUAUCGGUAUAUUUGCAUACCAUCGGAAGAGGAGGAUAAACUUAAUCAACAUUUGACAUCGACAAAGCGCCUGCUGGAUUUUGGAGAACAGAAUGAAUCCUUUUUAAUUUGGACCACAGAAGUAUGAGGCAGAUUGCUCAGUGAAUGCUACAAUCUGCAUGGAGUUCUAGUCUGCACUACAGAGCAAUUUAUGGAUGGUUUCAUAGACGGGAGAUGCGGUUGAAUGGCUGUGUGGAUGUGCUGUUUGAAGCUGCAGAGUGACUGGCCUGGACUGUGCUCUGAACCCGUGUCAACCGUGCUGCCCCAGUGCAGGUUGGCCGCAGAACUCCCCACGGCUGUAGUACUGUGCCCACCUCGCCAUGCUGGCCUGUCUGCAGAGGAGGCAAAACCCUCCACCCCAGCACCCGGUGUGUGUCAGCAAGACCCUGGAGCCCCCGCAAGCCCUUGGACGGAAAUGUGAGCUGGUGGUGCCCAUACAUUCUCCACGCUACCCCACUGCGGCAGAACUUGAUGCUUAUGCUCAGAAGACGGCUAACAGCCCUCUGUCCAUCAAGAUCUUCCCCACCAACAUCAGGGUUCCCCAGCACAAACACAUUAAUCGGACUGUGAAUGGAUAUGACACCACAGGGCAACGCUAUAGUCCCUAUGUCAACACAGGGGGGCACCAGGGCCUGCUCGGCAUCAUGCAGACCUCCCCGUCGUCGUCAUCAUCAGCCACCUUUUUCCCUACAAAAGGUGUUCUCAAGAACUCUGAAGGCAGACGGACUAAGCUCUCUCCAGCCCAUAUAGCAGUUGCCCCAUACCCGCCCCCUAGUAGUAGCACUUUAGCCAGUGGCCACGGCCAAAUGGUAUACCACACUGGGCCCUCAAAGCCUCCAGAAGGACCUUUACUGUCGGUUCCCCCAAAUGUCACUGUAGCUGGCUCAGUGAUUCCUGUAACAGGGGGUCGAGGCCUGGCCCUGCCCGCACAGUCCAACCUCCCCUCCAUCCAGAGCAUCAUCUACCAGAUUAACCAGCAUUGCCAGGCCCAGGCUCUGCAGCAGGUGUGCCAAGGGGCUGCCACUGCACCGUCUAAUUCCAGCCCCUCCAAGCAGGGCACAACUGUCAUGGGGGUCUCUUCUAGCUCCUCAGGUGGAGGCUACGUGGUGGGAAUGGGUCCCCAGUCUAAUAUGGUGUACACAGGGCCAGGGCUGCCGGCUCAAAAUGCAGAGGCGAUGAAGACUGGUGUGUACGCAGAUGGUAUGGACUACAUCCUUUGGCAGAAGCAGCAGCAGCAACAACAACAGCAGCAGCAGCAGCAUCAACAGGCUGUUCUCCGCAUGUACAGCGGAGGUAGCGGAGGAGGGGGUGCCAUCAGCAAGUCCCCCGAAACAUGUGUUCCAGGGGGAGGGAUUAUGGCGGCACAAGUAUCCUCUUCUUCCUCUAGACCUUACCACCUGACAGUGAGUGCCAGCGGAGGAGGCGGGAUGGAUAAAGUCAGCUCUUCCCCUUUGAACUGUAUGGGUAUGCAUGGAAAUUUCUCAGUGGGUCAAUACUUUGCACCGCCGUGGAACAGUGUGCUGGUGACACCUGACAGUGACUGCUACAACCCCCAGGAGCUUAUGGCCACCUCUACAGGAGGGCCCGUCACGGGGCACAGAGAGAUGGGCUACCCCCACCACCAUCACCACUACCACCAUCAUCACCCUGCUAUAGACAGCGGGGGAGGUAUGUGCUGCAGCCUGCCCAGCAAGACCUUGUGCAACACAUCGGUGCUGAGCAGCAGCUUGCAGUCUCUGGAGUACCUGAUCAACGACAUCCACCCACCCUGCAUCAAGGAGCAGAUGCUUGGCAAAGGCUACGAGACUGUGUCUGUGCCACGUCUGUUAGACCACCAGCAUGCACACAUCCGCCUCCCUGUUUACAGAUAGAGGGGGAAGAAGAGGAGGAAGAGAAUCAAGAAUUGUGAAUUUGUGAAGAAAAUCAAAGUUAAAGAACAGCAAUGUUUUUUUCUGGGUACUGAUUGUUGAGAGUGGCGCUGCUUUAACUAGUGUGGGAGCUUAGAGGAGAGCAGUUGUUGUGCUGUGCGACCCUAGGUUUGGUGUUUCAAGGCAGGCUGUGGGAAUCCCAAAUAUGAAAGGUGGUAGUGAUUGCCAUAGGGAGAGAAAAAGGGAUUUCAAGAUUCUCCAGAUGUUCUAUUGUGUGGUUUGCCAAUAGGAAUUUUGGAUUGAUUUAUUUUUCUUCUGUUUUUUUUGUUCUUGUUUUACUUGCCUGAAGUUUUUGAUGAGAAUCAUAGCUUGACAUGAAGUGCGUACGGCACUUGUAUCCCCCUUCCAAAUAUUAAGGAUGAAGCUACUGUGUAGGUUGUCACUGAAAGGGUCUUAAAAGGGCCGAAGUUUAGGGCUGCUUUCAAAAUCCCAAACUCUGUAACAGUACACACAUAAACACACACGUAGACAAACAAAUACAGAUACACAAUAUACUGAUACGUGAGGAGACUAAAAUUAUACUCGGGUGUGUAUGUACAAGGAUCAUAAGGUUGAAUUAAAAUAAUAGUACAAUAUUAGUUAUUAUUGCUGUUAUAAUUGAUACAUAAAUUGCACUGCUUGAAUCUUGUUAACUUUGAAGUUUGGAAUUGGGUAGUUUGGAUAUGAUAUAUUUAAGAAACUUGAAAAACUUGAACCUAUUUUUUGUUGUUUUAUAUAUUUGUAGGUAUAAUAUAUGCAUUGGCUGCUAUGGGGAAAAGUGUCUCAAAUGCUUUUUUUUUUCUUUUUUUUCAAUUUUGUUUUUAUGAUUUAAUAAUUCCUCCUCAAGCUGAUGUGCAGUAUCUUAUGUCCUGGUGUGAGGCAUAGUCGCUGCUUUGGUUCUGUAAGAACCUGGUCUGAGAGCUCUUUUUUCCUAACCAACACUGGAAUCUACAAUAAAUCUUGAAACAUUUAUUUAAAAAAGAAAAUGUCGCAAAAAAAAACAAACAUGAAAAAGAAAUGUUACAAUGAAGAAUGUGACUGGGAGGUUAUUUAUAUAACCUCAUGUGUAUGUUUAUGCGUGUAUGUUGCCGAGUGCAUGCGCGCGUGUGCAUUUUAGUUUGUGUUCUUCAAAAUCCUCAGACUUUUUUUUUUUUAUUGUGUCAUUAUAAGAUUUCUACCACCAAGACUGAAAAACUGAUUCACCAGUCCCAUAAACAUCAUAUCUGAGUAAUGUACAGGAGAUAUUUUGCAAAUCUCGCUCCCUUUUAUCGGAGUCUUUAGAUAUUCUUUGGAGUUUAAGUAGAGAUCAAGUUCUCACAUGACUCCUUUCUAACUGUAGUUACAGUGCUAAAUAUCCUACUUCUGUCAAAUGUUAUCAUAAUGGCAGAAAGAGGUGGGAACAAAUGGAAGUCCUAUUUUGGGGAUAAUAUUCACCCCUGACCCUGCAAACAUACAAAACGGAAACAAUCAUGCCCUGUCCUCUGGCAUCACAUGAAAUGAGACUGGGCUCACUGCGUUCCCUUGUCCGUUUCAGCCCCUGGUUGGGAUACAUUUAGCCAGGGCCAGUCUUAACUUAAUGAUUCAGAGCAGUGAAAUAUUUAUUAUGACUGAGAUUCCCUUGAAUGUACUGCACUUAAAUUGCUGCGAUGUUUGCCUUGUGGGACUCGAGCGAAAGAGAAAAAUUGGAUCGGUGCAGCAGUCCUCUGGUCUUAAAUUAACAUUUCUUUUGUCCGUCAAAUUUCAAUGGUAAAUUGAAUUUAGUAACUGGAGAGAGGGAGCUUUGUUGUGAGGAAAAUACUGGCAUCAGUCUAGAUUUAUGAAGUGCAAUUAUUAUGACUGUAUUAACAUUUUUCUCUGAGCUUACACCAAAAAAUGUAAACUACAGUUGUCAAUACAUUCCCAAUGUACCACAUCCCUAAUCCCUAUCCUUUUUUUGUUUUGAGGUGUAAAAUAAAUUUCUUUAAGAAUAUAUUCAGAAGCCACGUUUCGGCUUUGAAGUCUGUCAUUAUUUUUUAACGUAUGUCCUCUAGAAGUCAGCGGGAAAUUGGGCCCUUGUUUCAGCAGCAACUCUGAGAUCCAGAACGGAGCGUGAUGUGUGAUGUAGAUCCUUUACAGCACUGCAGUGAUAAAACCUCAGUCAUUGAGAAAACCUACUGUAUUUAAUUGAUAAUCUUUUAAAUGUUUACACUUUGGCCAUCCAAAGAUAAAGGACAAAACAGCAUUGUUGGAAAAAGAAAGGAUUUACACAUAAAUACUAAACACGAAGCAGGAAAUAUUGUUUCUUUGAACAUUUGCACUCCAUAAACAGACCUGUUUUCCCCUUCGAAUAACCCUUGCUUAAUCUUAACUAUGAGCCUUAAAUGUUGAUCCAAUGGUGUUUGUAGACACACCACUGUCUUUGAAAGCUGACAAAGAUUUCAGUGGAAAGAAUACCGAGCCCCUUGGCUUAAAUGUGCACAGUAAGCCUCCUUAACAUUCCAGUGAAAAUGUUUCAUGUUGUUUCAACAGCUUAAUACCCCAGCCACACUGUGAUUCCAGCAUAUUUUCUGUCUUGUAGAAAUAUUUUGACAGAUUUACAGAUACAUCCCGUCCCUAAAUCCCCUUCGUUUGGCUCCUGCAUCCAAGCAUUAAACCCUGUCACAUGAUGUUGAAGUGAAGAGGAGACACUUGAGUUUCUGGUGUCUGGCCUUUCCCACCAGUGGAGGUCUGAGGCACCAGGCCUCUCUGCUAAUGGGAAUAUUGGGUGACGCCUGGCUGCUGGACACUGCCAGAGGAGAGUAUUCAUUCAGUCAAAGGGUUGAAAUCAAACCCUUUCUAAAUAGCAAGGGAUUUCCUAUCGGGUACUGCGAGGAAACUGGCCAUUUUGAGCCCAGUUCAUCAGAAUGAAACAGAGAAAAGACGACACAAAAUAAUGCUUUUCAUUUUAUUUUUUAGCUGAAAUAUUUAAGUCAAUUCACAUGUAUUAAAUGUAAGGUGGUAUUUAGAUACCAUAUUUGUUUUGUGGCUACAUUUUGUAAUGUCCAGGCUCCAAACAGUCUGCCCCCCUGGUCCUUUACACACAUUAAUGAGCUCCUAUUGAUGGGAUGCAUCUUAGCCCUGCAACUUUGGUCCAUUCCACAAUUCCUGAUUUGGACAAUGGACGCUUAGCCCAUAUUAGGAUAAUAGAAUUAAAUUUCAAAUAGAUUUGUGCCUGAGCUGAUCCAUGCACGGCUCACUCAGCUGCAGAGGCAGAGUGGCAUAUGGCAUGUCAUUAUCUAAGCCCACCCUCCCCCUGUCCGGGGCCAACAGGGUUCAGCAGUGCUUAAACAAACUGAAGGCAAGGACUGGCUGGCUGGCGUUGAAGGGGAGGACAGCAGGGUUUUAAAGGGGGGGGGUUGCUAAAUCACAACCUCCACAGCGUCUCGGAGGGCCUCAGCACCGCACCAUGGCGCCUGGGCUCAGAGGCCUGCUUUAAAAAGCUGGGCUGUGUUUGAUCGAGGGGAUUUGUUUUCUGUUGGAUUAUACAUGGUUGCUCCCUGCCUGGCUGAGGGGCCCGGUGCAAUGUGACAGAUCUCAGCAAAAGAAAGAAAGAGCGAGAGAGAUACAGGGAGGGAUUUGGGGUCAGAGGAGCCUCGAAGCAUCAGUAAUCAGGAUAAUUGCCAUGUUCCUGGUGCUGGUUUCAGCCUCCCCUCCCGCUCUGCGGCCUCAUAUUCAGAUUCGAGCUCUGAGGAAAUCACAUUCCUCCCUGAAAGACUUAUUGUGCCUAAAUUUACUAAAUUCUAGUAAGUGAAAUCUUCAUUUGUAUUUAAGUUUUUAAUGCUCGGAAAAAAAGUUUUAAGUUAUGUUGCCCAGGAAAUGAUAGAUUACACCAAUCAAACAGCAUCUGAAGGAGGACAUUUAGAUCUAUAACUUAUCUCUGUGGCUACAGACUAUCGACUGUUAACACGUUUUCAAGGGCAAUGAGACGCUCGCGAGGAAGGCCUGAGGGCAAAGUGGAGGGGAAUUGACUUAUGCUGGUUGUAAAAAUCCCUUAAUAAAUCCCAAUGAGUCCAUGAAGACAUUUACACAGUGCAAAGGUCUAGUUGCAUAUUAUGCACCUUAAAUACUGUUGAGCAGGAAGGGGAGCGGACGGUCCGUUCAAAGCAGGGUCAGCUCUUUCACUCCGAAAACAGAGGGGACGUGCGGGUUGGGAGGGAUAGAGAAAAUAAAGGCAGCUGCUCGCUCUGUUGAGGCUUGGCGCUGCUUCUCUAACCUACAGACGACAGAGGGGGUGGGUGGGGGGAGUGACGUCCCCUCCACACCGCUUUGGUCAACCUCAGUCAUGUCCCCUGGCUGCCCUUGGGCCCCUGGGGCUCUCAUCUCAGAGUCCUUCCCAGCAUCCCUCCUUAACGUCUGCAGAAGAUAAAGUCAUGAGGCCAGUCCUAUCCAUUUGGCUCCUACAUAGCAAGAAAAUACUUUAAUCAAUAAUACAGACGGUCCUGCGGAGGCUUGUAUAGUUAACCCACCAGCCUUAUAGCUGUGUUGCACAAUAUCAUUGCAAGAUUUGUCUUGUUUUGCUACAGAGUUACAGCACAUUGCCAUCUCUAUUAGUGCUACUGAAUAAGUCGGUCGUGUGUGAGUAACAAUUUAAAUGUUGUUUUAAGCAUUUAUUAAAUACAACACAAGGUAAAAAUCAGCACAGAUCACAAAACAAAUCAGGAUAUCUUUCCAAAGGCACAUCCCCACAGCUCUUUUAUAAAAGGCACUGCAGCAGGUCGUAAUUCCAGGAGCUUACAGCUUUUUAUUUCUUCAUUGUCACAACUAUGUAUGUUCAGCUGAAAAAGCGUAUGGCCUCCAAAUAUUCAUCUAGUUUAUGUGGUGGGUAUAUUGCUGUAUCCAAUCUAAACACAAAAGUCUGGGGAUUUUGCUUUUUUUCUUCCUGUUUCCUGUUUGUGUGGCUCUCAGAAUGUUCCUGUGGACAAACAGGGCUGUGUUUUCCCAAAUGAUCUCAAAUGCACCAACGCUGCCAAAGUCUGAGGGUGCCGCAACCUUGAGAAAAUAAUAUAUAUGGAAAUGGGAAAUCUAUUAAGCAUCUCUCUUAUUGUUCUCCUUACAGUGUUGUAUUUAUGUUUAAAAAAACGAUUUUGUCUCCUCAGGAUGAAAAAAUGUAAAGAAUACCUUGCUUUUUUUGAAAAUGAUAAUAUAUGAGUCUUAGAUUUCGAAAGAAGAAGUCUGAAUAUAAAGAAAGCUGUAAAAUCCUUUCGUCGUGGGGUUUUCAACUUUUGAAUGUGCCUACAGCCAAGCAUCCCAGUGAUUGCUUACCUUCUACCCUCUCUGCAGUUCUGCAACCUCCCCCUAAUCUCCACACAACCAUCAUCUUCAAUUUGCUGAAACUGCCACUGUCUCCUCUCCAUCCCAACGACCACAGUAGAUAUUUUGUCUGUUCCCUGCUUUUUGUCAAUCUCAGGACAGAAAUUUCGUUAUUUUAUUGUAGAUGGUUGCUUUUCAUUUGACCUCUCCUCUCUUAUGUAUUAUUGUUUGACAUACGUAAAUAAAGCAGAUGACUUCUAUGCCUGUCUCGUU